GAGUACUCUCUCCCUGCGGUGGACAGUGUACUUGUCCAGCUGUGUUUUGUGGACCACACUGAGUUGUUGCUUUGUGUCUGUUCAUCCCUGCUCUCUCCUUGUUAAACGAUCUGCUGCGGGCUGAGCUUUGGAUCGUGUCGGCGCAGCAGCAGUCGGCUAGGCUAGGCCCUGAAACCGCCUCACAAACACUUAUGGACUUUUAGAGACACGCGUAACAGUUUGGAGAACCGCGUGUGAAUGGAGCAGUGUGCGAGUACGGCCUCUCUGCUGGCCUCGGUGCGGGAGCAGGAGAGGCAGUUUGAGAUGCUGAGCCGAGCUCUGGAGGAGGAGCGGAGGUCAUGUGCCGGCACCCUGCCCCGCCCCCUCCCCAACAUGCAGAACGGCCGCCUUCCUUGUGAUGCAGACAUAGAGAGGCUGACUCUGAACGAGGGCUACAUCAACGGGACACAUCACUUCAGGAUGGAGCCUGGUCAGAUGGUGCAGGAGACAUACACGGUGGAGGAGGACCCACAGGAGUUGCCUCCUGUUGUCUCUGUGGAGACCAGUGAUGAUGGAACCACAAAACGUACAGAAACCACAGUAAAGAAAGUUAUAAAGACUACGACCACCCGCACAGUCAUCCCCUCCGUGUCGGACACACUUUCCCUGGAUGGUGGCGGUUCAAUGACCGGGAUGGGGGGCUACACAACACCCAUGGACCGGGUCUAUAGGCAGGCACCUGCAGCUGGUGUGCCCAUGGACUACCCCACCCACACUGUGCCACGCAACUACCAAUACGGACCUCCAGGGGGCUAUGAAGACUACCGCACGGGACCCCCAUCUGAGGCCUACACAAGCCUCAGCAGGGGAACUCGCAUGGAUGAUCGCUACAGACCGGUCCAUCCUGAUGGUUACAGAACUCUGGAUCAAAACUACAGAGCCCAAAGCAGGAACCAGCUGGAUCCCUAUGCUGCUCAGCCACAGGUUGGGCGUAUGGGAAGUGCCAUGGAGCUCUCCUCCAUCCCAAGAUUUGUACCAGAGCCGUAUGGGCUGGAGGAUGAUCAGCGCAGCAUGGGUUAUGAUGACCCAGACUAUGGCAUGGGACCCGCAAUGCACUACAGCACUGUGCCACGCAACUAUCAAGGGUUUCCCCAUGGACCCCCACGCAGGACAGGGAGUUACGAAGGUACCUUGGAUGGAGACAUGAGUGGUCCAGGGGACAUGUACUAUUGGGGAGGAGGAGCACCCCUGGCUCAGGGUGAAAGAGGUAGUAUGGCGUCAUUGGACAGCACUCUAAGGAAAGGUCCCGGCCCUGGGGGCUGGCGUCAGCCGGAGCUGCCAGAGGUCAUCGCCAUGCUAAACUACAGACUGGACCCGGUUAAGAGCAACGCAGCUGCAUACUUACAGCAUCUCACUUAUAAGAAUGAUAAAGUGAAGUCUGAUGUGCGCCGUCUGAAAGGCAUCCCUGCGCUGGUCUCUAUGCUGGACAACCCAAACAAAGAGGUUCAUUAUGCAGCCUGUGGAGCACUGAAGAACAUCUCAUUCGGCAAAGAUCAUGACAACAAGAUCGCCAUAAAGAACUGUGAUGGAGUGCCAGCUCUUGUCAGGCUGCUGAGAAAGACCCGCGACCAGGACCUCACUGACACCAUCACAGGAACGCUAUGGAACCUGUCAUCCCAUGACUCUGUGAAAAUGGAGAUUGUUGACCAUGCACUGCACGCCCUUUCCGAUGAAGUGAUGGUGCCUCAUUCGGGCUGGGAGCGAGGGAGCAACGGAGCAGGAGGAGGGGAGGAGAACUGCAAGCCUAGACAUCUUGAGUGGGAGACGGCCCUCACCAACACAGCAGGCUGCUUGAGAAAUGUGAGUUCAGAGAGGAGCGAAGCAAGGAGGAAGCUAAGGGAGUGCACAGGAUUGGUUGAUUCCCUCAUGUACAUUGUCCAAUCCCAGAUCGACUGUAAAGAUGUCGACAACAAGUUGAUAGAGAACAGCGUGUGUCUGCUGAGGAACUUGUCCUAUCAGGUGCAUAGAGAAAUCCCAGGCUGCGAGCGCUACCAGGAGGCUGCACCCCUCAACCAGGGCCCUGCCCCUUCCAGCCAGAAGGGUGGCUGCUUCAGCUCUCGCAAAGGCAAAGAUGAGUGGUUUUCCAAAGGGAAGAAAGAUGAGGAUGCAGCUGCAGAUAUAAUAGACAUUCCAAAGAGGACCACACCUGCUAAAGGCUAUGAGCUUUUGUUCCAACCAGAAGUUGUCCGCAUCUACACCUCUCUGCUAAAGGAGUCCAAGAACCCCACUGUGCUGGAAGCCUCAGCUGGAGCUGUUCAGAACCUGUGUGCUGGACGUUGGACUUAUGGGCGGUACAUCCGUGCCUUGCUGCGACAGGAGAAGGGUUUACCAAUGAUGACAGAGCUGCUGGCUCACGGCAACGACCGCGUAGUCCGCGCUAUGUCAGGCGCCCUUCGUAACCUGGCCAUUGAUGCACGCAACAGAGAUCUACUAGGUAAACAUGCGGUGCCUCACCUGGUGGCCAACCUUCCCGGUGGAGGUCAGAGUCAGCCCGUGCGAGCGCUGUCAGAAGAGACAGUAGUGUCGGUAUUGAGCACGCUCCAUGAGGUGCUGGGCUCAAGCCUGGAGGCAGCCAAGACCCUCAGGGCCUCACAGGGAAUCGAGAGACUGGUGCUCAUUAACAAGGAUGGAAAUCGAUCUGAGCGGGAGGUGCGUGGGGCCGGCUUGGUACUCCAAACAGUGUGGGGCUACAAGGAGCUGCGGCGCACUUUGGAAAAAGAUGGCUGGAAGAAGACGGACUUCAUGGUCAACCUCAACCCUCCGAGCAACAACACCAGGGCCAACGGAGGAUACGAGGACAGCACUCUGCCACUCAUAGACAAAGGAGGAAAGGGGGGGCGUGAAAUGAUUCCAAUGAAUGACAUGGGACCAGAUGCCUACUCCACACUGGACCAGAGAGGGAGAAGGAACACUCUGGAUAACACUUUAGAACCUGCUGACAAAGAUCCAGUACAGGGAGGGAUGUAUGGGGAGAGGCAGGCCUCUUUGCCUCUAAUGGAUUCUUACGAUGGUUAGGCUACACCCACUGUCACACUGCAUGUCAGCGCAUGAAAAACUGAUCGUGUGCAUCACAAGACGACAGCCUCCUCCCACCUACUGCCCCUGCUGAACUGACAAUGAGGGACCACUACACUACAGAUGGGACUAUCCCUGACACUCACCCCCUCUGUCCCUCUUUACCCUUUUGCAGCUUCUCUCUUUUUGUCUCUCUUUGUGACAUUCCUUCAUUGCAGCUGACAAACUAAUGAAACCCCAUGGAAAAACUGAGGCGGAUCCUCUCCUCCCGUGGACAAACCAGACAAGACACUAUGACCACUUUGUGAUCUGCGAGUCCCUGAACUCCGAAACACUAACCACUCAACCAGAUACCACAGCUACACCACUACGACUCCAUGUAGCAACACUACGACUCUUCUGAACACUACUCCUUUCUUCGACAAAAAGCAGAGACUGUGGACUCAUCCGAGGACUUUUCUAUAUCUUGGAGAUCUGAGCAUAGACUGAUGAAGCGAAUUAGAAAGACCUGUUGGGAUCAGAACAGGACACUUUUUGGUGAAAUUUUACAUAACUGGAUUGACACUUUGGGAGAAAUCGAGGGAAUGUGUAAUUUUCUUUCUCUCUCUUUGAUUGUUAUAUACUACAAAAAAAAAUUGUACCAACGAGAACCAAUGUUAAAUGAUCUAAUCAGAUAUGUGUAGAGCUUCUGCUUCUGUUUUGGUAGUGGUUGUUCUUCUUGCUUUGCUUUGUACCACAGUAAUGCACAUGUGCCAAAUGACACUGCUACUGCUGCAACUGCCAAUACUGAAUGCAAGAACUUCAUACACUCAGACUUUUUACAACAGCUACCAUCAUCUGCUUUGUUUUGUGCUCAGUCUGUGUUGGUGACAGUCCUUUGCCAAGAUGCAUGGGGAUGCUGCAUUUUCUGUAUAUGAUUGUGAUCUAUGGAUAUAAGAGUUGAGAUAAUGGUAUGGGUAUUCCUACAGACAGAAAUACAGGGACAAUAAAUGAUUGUACAUCUUGUUGAAAUAGACAGUGUAGUCUGUUUCUGUCAAACGUAAGCCCCUUGACUCUGCUCUGUGAUCUUAUGAAUGUGUACAAACGAGAGUGUCUCUGAAAGUAUCUGCUUGAGCAAACUGGAGUGCCUCAUUGGAGUGGGUCCAACAUGACAAGGGUAACCAGUAGGAUGUCUUUUUUUCCUAGUAGGUUGCUCUUGUUGGGAUAACUGUUUAUAGAACUCAGCAGUUUUCUAUUCUGUCAGGUUAUGGAACAUGUGAACUUGUAAGUAUGUAAGAGUUGAUUCUUGUCAUUUGGAUUGUUUUUUAUAAGAUAUAAAACUAUUGAGUUCUGUAUAAAUUACUGCUCCACAACCCCAUGGCCUACCUGGCUUAAAACAAACAGAAAAGUAAAUGGGAGAAGACACAGUAUUGUCAAUUUUUGCCCACACAAGUACAGUGCUUGUUUUGUAGGAGAACGCAUAUUCUUAGUGCAGAGUGAGAUGUAGAUACUUAAUGAGUGGAUGAUUAAAAAAGCACUAGGGGGGUAUAAUGUGUUUUUCCUUUUUCUCAUUUUUAAAACCUUUUUCAUGCUAAUUAAAACACGACAGAGGAUGCCUCAUUUUCUCAUAGAAACAUGUUGCCUUUAAGAAUGGACUGACUAAAAGAGGAGAAAACAGAGAGAGCAAGGGUUUGUUUGAAAAUCUGUGUAAGGAGGCA